ACAGGAUAUUUCACCACAGGAACUGCGUCCAUCCUUCUCAAGUCCCUAGUAUCCUGAUUGUCCGGAAUGAUUGAAGUCCAUUGGGGCGGAUCCGCUGACUGGACUUUAAUUCAGUUUUCGGUAGCGUUAUUUCAAUGUUCACUGACCUGAGGCAGUAUCGUAGUUCGUCGUAUAAAGAAAUUGUGCAACCUUCUCCAGACCGAACCAGUUUUCCAACUUUAAGCCAAAUAGGUUUUCCUUUGGUGAACAGAUAUUAUGUGUUUUACAACAAAAGUACUUUUCCUCCUGUCGACAUUUUACUUCGCGUCAUGUUCUAAACUUGUUCUGAUCCUGAUGGAUGGAUUUCGUUGGGAUUAUUUUAAGCACGUGAAUCUGCCGGGUUUUGAUAAAAUGGCGAAUGAAGGCGUGAAGGCGGAAUACAUGUUAUCAGACUAUCCUACUUUAUCUUACCCAAAUUAUUACUCCAUCAUGACAGGUUUGCAUUGCGAAUCCCAUGGUAUGGUAGGAAAUUUUAUGCAUGACGUCGACAAUGACAAGGAUUUUUUAAUUGGUACUAAUCCUGACCAGAAUCUUUCCAUUUGGUGGGACGAUGCAGAACCAGUUUGGAUAACUGCUGAAAAAGAGGGGAAGAAAUCUUAUUUCUACUACUGGCCAGGCUGUGAGGUGACGAUAAGAGGCAGAAAACCCACACUUUGUGUUGAUUAUAAGUUAUCUCUGAUACCCGAGUUUGAGUAUUCUCUUCAGGAAUCUUUAAAACUCUUACAAAACAACGCGGCGGAUCUUAUUGGAAUAUACUUGGAAGCGCCUGACCAUUAUGGACACAAAUUUGGUGUGAAUUCUCAAAAUUUGACCACUGUAUUGCAAGAUAUUGAUAACAGUUUACAAAACUUUAGGCAAAAUCUGACGUCACUGAAUUUACAUGAUGACGUCAACAUAAUGAUUUUCUCUGAUCAUGGAAUGACCAAUAUAACCAAGAUGGUGAACAUCACUGAUGUAUUGGAACUGCAGGACAUUAAGGUUAUUUUGUCAGAGGUGCCCUAUGUCAGUAUCUGGCCAAUGGAUGGAAAACUUGAAAAGGUCUACAAUGAUUUAGUAACAGCAAACAAGCCCAACAUAACAGUUUACAAAAAAGAAUCAAUUCCUGCCCGUUAUCUUCUGAAGAACCACAAACGUACAGCACCAAUCGUAAUAGAAGCUGAUAGUGGAACAGCAAUAAUAGCUCCAUGGAAAUGUAGCGAAUGCGCAGAUAAAUUUAAACCUGGAACUACCUACAAAGGCAUGCACGGAUAUGACAAUACUAAUCCAGAUAUGAGGGGGAUUUUUAGAGCAGCCGGACCGGCCUUCAAAAAGAAUUUUGUGAGCAAUCCGAUAGCUAAUGUGGAGCUUUAUCAAAUAAUGUGUGAUAUUCUUGAAAUAAAACCAAAGGAUAACAAUGGGACUUGGAGUAAUGUCGCACAAAUGAUGACAAAAUCAGGUUUGCAUUGCGAAUCCCAUGGUAUGGUAGGAAAUUUUAUGUAUGACGUCGACAAGGACAAGUAUUUUUUACUUGCUGCUAAUCCGGACCAAAAUCUUUCGAUUUGGUGGGACGAUGCAGAACCAGUUUGGAUAACAGCUGAAAAAGAGGGGAAGAAAUCUUAUUUCUACUACUGGCCAGGCUGUGACGUGACGAUAAGAGGCAGAAAGCCCACACUUUGUGUUGAUUAUAAGUUAACUCUGAUGCCCGAGUUUGAGUAUUCUCUUCAGGAAUCUUUAAAACUCCUACAAAACAACACAGCGGAUCUUAUAGGAAUAUACUUGGAAGCGCCUGACCAUUAUGGACACGUAGUUGGUGUGAAUUCUCAAAAUUUGACAACUGUAUUGCAAGAUAUUGAUAAAAGUUUGCAAAGCUUUAGGCAAAAUCUGAUGUCACUAAAUUUACAUAAUGACGUAAACAUAAUGAUUUUUUCUGAUCAUGGGAUGACCAAUAUAACAAAAAUGGUGAACAUCACUGACGUAUUGGAACUACAGGACAUUAAGGUUAUUUUGUCGGAGGUGCCCUAUGUCAGUAUCUGGCCAAUGGAUGGAAAACUUGAAAAGGUCUACAACGAUUUAGUAACAGCAAACAAGCCCAAUAUAACAGUUUACAAAAAGGAAUCAAUUCCUGGCCGUUAUCAUCUGAAGAACCACAAACGUACAGCACCAAUCGUUAUAGAAGCUGAUAGUGGAACAGCAAUAAUAGCUCCAUGGAAAUGUAGCGAAUGUGGAGAUGAUUAUAAACCUGGAACUACCUACAAAGGCAUGCAUGGAUAUGAUAAUACUAAUCCUGAUAUGAGAGCGAUUUUUAGAGCAGCCGGACCAGCGUUCAAGAAAAAUUUUGUGAGCAAUCCGAUAGCUAAUGUGGAGCUUUAUCAAAUAAUGUGUGAUAUUCUUGAAAUAAAACCAAAGGAUAACAAUGGAACUUGGAGUAAUGUCGCACAAAUGAUGACAAAAUCUGACAUUUCUUCUGCAAGGUCAACAGAAUUGUUCUUUCCUUUGUUUCUGUUUGUCAUGUUUAGUGUUGUCCUCAUCUAAUUAAUAGAUAAAAUACAUAAUUAUAUAUAUUACUGUAUUGCAACUUAUUUAAUGU